GAGAGAGAGAGAGCGCGCGCGAUGUCACUUUCCUGAAAAUUUUGUUGGUUCCCAAACCCAUUUCCCUCUCAUUUUGUCUCUCUAAGAGGUUUGAACACAUUUUCAAUCUUCCCUCCUCUUCUCAUCCAUCUCAAAACCCUAACCCCCAAAUUCACCUCUCUAAUUUUUUCUCUCGUUUAUUUAAAGCCUUUCGAACAUAAAUUUUCUCCCUAAAUUUUAAUCUCAAAAAACCCUAGCCGUCUCUCAUCUUUGUUUUGAAAUCCUAAUUUAACUUGCCGUUUUCAAAUUCCAUGUGCUCAUCACUCUUUGCACCCUCCGAAGACAGAGAGGUCCUAAUGGACGCUCCUUUUGGACCAAACCCGCUUUCUGAAACCCUAAAUGCCUCUCAAUCGGUCCCUUCGUUCCCUAAUCUAAAUCGCUCUUACUCUCCUCCGCCGGUGGAAACCGCCGGCGGUGGCAUGUAUGCCGGGAUUUUCGAUGCGGAAGCUCAACAGGAGGACCCUGGCAAUUCUUCCCCCUUCCGGCGACUCAAGGGCAAUUCUCUUUCGCCAUGGCCGUCGGUGUUGCCUUCCAACGAGAGUCGUUCUUGGCACUCGUCUCGGGUUUCCGCUGUGGCUCCGGAUGUGUGGGAUUCGGAGCGUGCUUCCGAUGAUAACUGGCUGUUUUCUGAUGAUAACGGGGCACAUUCGAAUAAUGAAAUUUCUGCCUCCACGGUUGUACCUUCUGGGGUGGGAGCUGGGCUUUCAAAUCUUGGCAACACUUGCUUUCUUAAUGCCAUCUUGCAAUGCCUUACGCACACGGUGCCUCUAGUCCUGGGUCUUCGUUCAUGCAAUCAUUCAACCCCUUGUGCUGGUCAUAUUGAUGGAUUAUGUGUUGUUUGUGCUCUUCGUGAACAUAUUCAAUCUUCCCUAGUAGCUUCAGGAGGCUAUCUCUCACCCUUGAAGUUUGUGGACAAUUUGAACCAUUUUUCCUCUGUAUUUAGAAGAUACCAGCAGGAAGAUGCACAUGAAUUUUUGCAGUGUGCCUUAGAUAAAUUGGAAAGAUGUUUUCUUGAUUUGAAGAAAAGUAAUAUUAGUUUUGAAGAUGAUAAUCUUGUUGAGAAAGUAUUUGGAGGUCGUCUAAUCAGCAAACUUCGAUGUUGCAACUGUGGUUGCUGUUCUGACACUUAUGAGCCACUGAUUGACCUGAGUUUAGAGAUAGAUAAUGUAGAUACCCUUCCUAAUGCUCUGGAAUCUUUUACUAAGAUGGAAAACAUUGAUGCAAAGUUUCGAUGUGAUAGCUGCAAGGAAGAAGUAUCUAUGGAGAAGCGUCUUAUAUUGGAUCAGACGCCUUUAGUUGCAUCAUUUCAUUUAAAGAGAUUUAAGACAGAUGGGACUUAUGUUGAAAAGAUUGAUAAGCAUGUUGAUUUCCCGCUGGAGUUGGACCUGAUGUCUUACACCACUUUUAAUCAAAACAAUAGUGUACCAUUGAAAUAUGAACUUUAUGCAGUUGUUGUGCAUGUUGGAAUUUCAUCUACUUCAGGGCAUUACUUUUGCUUUGUUCGCUCGGCUCCGGACAUAUGGCAUAAGUUGGAUGAUGCAAUGGUUACUAAGGUCUCAGUAGACUUUGUGCUUUCUCAAGAAGCCUACAUAUUGUUUUAUGCACGACAGGGUACACCUUGGUUUUCAAGCAUUAUGGAAUCUCAAACACCAUGCGUGGGUUCAAGUAUUUUGAAUACAUCUCCUAAGUCAGUUUUAGACAUUGACGACAGCAUGUAUAAAUCAAAUCCAAUUUUAAUUCCAAAUAGCGUAAGGGGUGAGACUCGUGAAUCCAAAGAAUUUUCCAACCAAGGGUUUGAUUAUUCUUGUCAAGAAAGACAUGAGCUUCCUGAAUUCAAUGACUCAAGUGGUGCUUCUCAUGGCUUUGUACAAUUUCCCUCUGGGUCAAAUCAGGAAAGUGUUGAUUUUGACGGCUCUAAAGAUAUCCAUGCCCAAGUGCUACUUGGGAAUAAUGCCAUCUUGAAUGGUAGUACCGUAUUUGAUGGAAAUUCUUAUAUUGAGAGUGUUGAUCUCAAUAAAAAUGAUUGCUGUCAGGAAGUUGUUGAUUUUAGAGAGAAUGAUGGUUUCCAUGCUUUAACUCCUCCCGGUCCCCCUUCUCCCGAUGCUUCUGAUAGAAGUUUCCUCAUCUCGCGUGAUCAUUUGAAGAUGGAGAAUCAUGGGAGCUGUAAAAAACCAUCAAAUAAAUUUACGGCGGAUUCUGAGAGACAAGCAGCCGUGAGAUAUGUUAGGAAGAUGCCUGGUCGAAAGAGAGAUGCAUUUUUGAGUUUAGUUGAUGCUUCCUCGGAUAAGAAGAGAAAAAGGAUGGAUGCAUCCCUGUUUAAUAAAGGCAACCCUCUUAUUGCACCCAAAAACCGUCGGGUGACGGCUGGAAUUCCACAGUGAAUAGUCUUUGGCUUCAGGCAUUUGGGAAUGUACUUAUUCUUUUUAGCGAAAAACCUUGUAUUUUUUUUGUUGCUAAAAUUUGUCUAUACCUCUUGCCAAAUUGUAUAGUUAAAUACCCGGAGCUAGAGAUUCGCGAAUGUACUGGUUCUUUGUUCCCCUACUUCAUGCGAAGAACAUAUCUCCAAUGAAUGUGGACAAGGAUGUAUAUGAUAACGUUGGU